AUGUCGCGGUGGUCUGGUGCAGUCUCCACCAUAUCACGACCAGACCCGUAUAAGCUACUAGCACCUGAGCUCGCCCACCUCCGAACAACAUUGCUGAACCUCCUUGGCUCGUCGCACCCGUCCCUCAAUGACAUAGCGCAGUACUACUUUCUGCACCCCUCAAAGCAGCUCCGUCCACUCCUCGUCCUCCUCUUUUCUCGUGCUACAAACGGCGCAGGAGGACGGACAGAAGAGCUCGACCGCCCUCUGACGCGUCCAGACGUCCUCAAUGACUGGAAUCCCCACAUGCCAGACCACACAGCGUCCUUCGAGUCCGCCUUCUCAAUACAACCUCCCACCAUCCCCACCCCGCCCCCCGUCUUCACGCCCUCCUCGUCCACCCGCGAUACGUCCCUCUUCUCAUCCUCAGACGUGCUGCUACCCACCCAGCUGCGCCUCGCCCAGAUCGUGGAGAUGAUACACGUCGCCUCGUUACUCCACGACGAUGUCAUCGACAAGUCCCCCCUCCGCAGAGGUUCUGCUUCCGCCCCAGCUGCUUUCGGCAACAAACUCUCCGUCCUGGGCGGCGACUUCCUCCUCGGACGUGCCAGCGCAGCCCUCUCUCGUCUGGGCGACAACGAAGUCGUCGAGCUGAUCGCAAGCGUUAUUGCCAAUCUCGUGGAAGGCGAGAUUCUGCAGAUGAAGGAGGUCCAUGCCCCCGAACUCGGUCUCGUAGGCACGCCCAGGGCUGGCAGAGAAGGCUGGAAUAUUUACCUCAAGAAGUGCUAUCUCAAAACUGCCAGUCUGAUGGCAAAGGGCGCACGUGCUGCCGUAGUCUUGGGAGGCUGUAAGGAAGGCGAGGUUUGGAAGGAGGUUGCAUAUGCAUAUGGCCGCAACGUCGGCAUAGCAUUCCAGCUUGUUGACGAUAUCUUGGAUUACGAGGCAGGAGAGGCCACCCUCGGCAAACCUGGAGGUGCAGAUCUCCAGCUAGGACUUGCCACAGGACCUGCUCUCUAUGCCUGGGAGGAACAUCCAGAAAUGGGACCUCUUAUCGAACGCAAAUUCGAGAAAGAGGGCGAUGUCGAGCUGGCUAGAGACCUCGUUCGACGUUCAUCAGGUGUAGAACGCACGAGAGAUCUCGCUCUGGCGCAUGCCGACAAAGCAAGAGAAGUGUUAGGGUUGUUACCAGACAGCGAUGCGAAAAUAGCGUUAGAGGUGUUGACAGAACGAGUGGUCAAGCGGACAUGGUGAUAGACUUCAAAUUACUAGAAUAAGUUAGCACGCACACCUCUUGCACUAGAAGGACGGUCG